AUGUGGCGUUCCAAGAUAAGGCAAGCACUUACUAAUUCGAGUUCAKGAGCAGGAAAUGUGAUACAUCCAUUUCCUUUCAGGCAAACAACACAGUUCCGUGGCAGCACAAAAGCUUUGCUUCUAGUGCAAAAUCUCAAACCUUCAGAUAACUAUUGCUCCUCUGUGGACGUACCAUUCUAUAUUUGYUCUUUGGAUGUUAUGGAUAAGAACAGUACUUAUCCUCCAAUCACAUGGCCGCCAAAGUUUUGGGAGCAGAUAACCAUAGCCUUCACAGUGUCCAUGGUGAUUGGUCUGGUGAUUGGAGGGAUCAUCUGGGCGUUUUUCACCUGCCUGUCCCGUCGCAGAGCUAGCGCCCACAUUUCCCAGGGGAGCCCCUCGACCUUCAGCCGUCGUUCCAGACCUUCCUCCCACGGCCACGCUGCCAGCAGGACUGGAUUUUACCGCAACAGCAGCUGCGAACGUCGGAGCAACCUGAGCCUGGCCAGCCUCACCUUCCAGCGGCAAGCCUCCUUGGAGCAGGCCAACUCUUUCCCCAGGAAGUCGAGCUUCCGCGCAUCCACCUUCCACCCUUUCCUGCAGUGCCCUCCCCUGCCUGUGGAGACGAACAGUCAGCUGAUCACCCUCACCCCCACAAACACCACCACAACCCUCGUGGGGAGCACCACCAACACCUUGAGCAGACCCGAGUUCCACUGGUCUAACAACAACCUCCGCAUCUGCCACUCCACACAAACCCCACCUCCCGCCUAUGAAACCAUCAUAAAAGCAUUCCCAGAUUCCUGAGCUAUGCCCUUGCUGCAAAAGCACACACGCAUUUUAGGAGGAACCUCAAGUAUCUCAACACUUUUCUGUGCAUUACGAAGAUCUCUGAGAAAUCUCCAGCUGCAGUUGAGGAGGGAACAGACUUUGCCAGGAGGCGGGUAGCAGUGAUUUUGUGGAGCACAACAUYCCACUGUCCCAGAGAUCACUUGUCUUUGCACUGCUGGCUUUUAUUUACUGCUCUGCUGUAUGCUUGCCUAUUUAUARUGUUGUAUCUUUAAUUGCAGCCUUUGUCUCUUCAUUUUAGAGGGAAAAAUGCUGCCACAUAAAAACUAAAUUUUUUCUCAAAGAAACAGAUAAUGCUAAGGAUUACUGAUCUACACAGCACAUCAAUGCAAAUUUCACUAUUCUUUUUUUUUUUUUUUUCAUUUUAAGGAGUUCUGAUUUUACAUGUUUUCCCAAGGAUAUUACAUUUUCAGAGAGCACUGCCCAUUACCCACCUUCUUGCUAUAACCCCAGAACAGCUUCUGUCUUCGAUGCAGACCUCAUAGAGGAUGCAGUCCUGGCUGCUAUAGACAUCYUUUUCUGUUGAUGGCAGAUGAUCUGAAAAGACUCCGUAUUAGGGAUGCUUGUUUAAUAUUCCCCACAGUGUGGGAUAAAAUUGUGAAGCAUAUGAAGCUUCAUGCAGAAAUAAGUUUUAAACAACAUACUAAAUGCAUGAUAACAAUUAUAAAGAAUUUUCUGUCUGCAGCCAACAGAACAGAUAGUAACAUUUUAAUACCCAGUGAGGCUGUAUGGGCAGAAYUCCUCAUGUUUCAUUUCACUACUUCUGGUUAUCCAGAUAAGCAGUAUGAAUGACAAUAUUUCUUAAUUAAGUUUCCUGAUUUCCUAUGGGAUUACUCAUUUCCUUCUUUCCAGUUGUUUUUCUGAAGUUGUACCAACAUUUAAUUCUUUCUGGCAAAUUAUUCACUGAAAUCUUGUCUUUCAUUAAAACAAGAUUUUAGAUAUCUAUGGCUAAAUACUGGGAUUGUGUAAUGAAUUGGGAUAUGAAGAUAAAGAUGAAGUAUUUAGUUAAGGCUUACAUAUAUUCUUGAUUUUAUAUGUGCRUCAUGUCAAGCUAACCCCUGGCUUAGUAGAGACUAAUUGCACUGAUGUGACAGAAUGCUCAGGAUUUGGAAAUAACAGACAAAUGGGACCUGAAUUAAGUCUUAUUUUACCAGUUUCCUAUUAAACAUYUCAUGUUCAAAUUAAGGGUAAAGAAUUUCCACAAGUUGAGGAGCUGUCCUACUCCACACUUGCAAAUAAGCCUGUUAUUUAUAGAAGGCCUGGGCAAUGGCAGCCUCAGGACUCCUGAAUCUGAGGGGGCUUCUGCAGCAAGAACAAGUUCUUCUGGGAGGGACAAGGAUUCAGCAGCUUCUGAGAAUGGGCAAAGGGCUUAACAUCUUCCAGGCUUUCCAGAUUUUCAGAGACUGGCAGCAUGCAUCCCUUUGCUGAGCUCAACAUCCCUCAGGAAGCACUGGCAUUGAUCUCUGAACUGCAGUAUUCCARCCCAAAAUCCACCCAUUCACAAAUAAUGCUACAAACACUGAGCUUACAAGUARUGCUUACUGUAAACAGCAAGUAUUUCUUAUUGUAAAGGCAAAUUAUUUUGCAUGUAUUUACUGACUGGCUUUCAUUGUUUUACUUUUAGURUCUGGAGAGAUGUAUGUCAUUGCUAGAACAGCCAUUUACAGAGUUUACAGAGCAUUUCACUUCAGAUGAAAUGCUAGACACUGCAAGUUCUAGCAGACCCCAAACUUGCUGACAAGACUGUAACACUGCAUUUGGCUGAUCACAGGCUGCAGACUUCAAAUAAUAGUCCUCUGAAGAAAGUUUUGUUACUUAAUUCAUUAAUUUUUUUUAAUUUAGAAUUUUCUUAGUCUAGUGAAUUUCAUUGCAUGCAAAAGUAUGUUCAACGUAUCCUUGCUAUAGAACAGGUGAUGCAGCCUAUUCUAAACUGCCYACAAAAAGUAGAAUUCAAGCCUGCUCCCUUUGUUUGGUGGGUUUGAUGGACUGUGGAAGAGACAACUYAGCCGACCAGCUGUGUACCCUGUGUGUACCCAGCUGGCCAAAACUGUUUGUUCCUUUAGAGUGAAAUCAUUUUAGAUGAGUAAAUUUUUACUUCUGGAUUGUAAGUGCACAUUACAUUACAGUAGUACUUUCCACAGCGUAAUUAUUACACAAUAUUACUUGUGUUGCACUGUAUUUAGUAAACAAUAAAGAGGGAAAGCUUAAAUGUACUGUAUUUUUUUUCCUCCUGAAGUCUAUACUGGAUAUGGAAACAUUUCUUAUGUGCCCUGGAUUGGGGAGACUAAAACCACAAAUGUUUUGUGCAUAACCAGUAUGACUGUCAGAUGCCUAAAACUUGUUUUCACRAMAUCUGAAAUAAAUGUUUUGKAAGCAUUCRGGAAGCUUCAGAAUGUGGAAUAAARUUAGAUGCUAUAAUCUCAAGCUCAUGUUUUUUCUUAAUGAUGAAUAUGCUGAUUUGCAUAAAAGAUCCUUUAAAGGGAAGAGUAUUAUCUUUAAUUAUGCAAGCUGAUACAGUUAGAAGUGUGAACGAGGACUUGCUCCUUCCUUUGCUUCUGAGGGGAAACACCCCAAAACUGAAGAUGUUUUUUGAAGUCAGAAUCACAAUUUGCCAUAUGAGAGCACCUUCAAAGGAUUAUAAGUGGGGAGGUCUCUCACAAGUAACAGUAUUAAUACAGGUAUUUAGUCCACUGGUUUAUAAGUACUUCGGCUUCAAUUCACAUUGUGUUGAGCAAAUGCUCGCUUUAAGCAAAAGAGCAAUCACCAUGAGUGAGGUUCAUGCUUAAAUGGACUCACACAUUUUAUUKCAUUAGGAACAAAGUGCACUGCACMGGAUCAACCCCCAAACCAAACUCCARGAUUCAGGAAUCAUAGUGUUUGACAUGCAAAAAGAUUACACUUGCUUAAUGAAAUUGUCUUUUAUUUCAAUUUAGAAUACUAGAAAGAAGAGCUGAAUUUAAAAAAAAAAAAAUGUGUUACUGCAGAUUCCAAGAUUUCAAGCAUUCACAAGCAUGAAUUAAACUUCACAAUCAUUUCACAUGUAACAGAAUUAAAAUGGUGCUCCCAGAUCACAUAAGGAGUGAUAGGGAGAAUUUUGAUCAACAUCCAGACAUCCUUACACCUUGUUCUGAGUAAGCAGAGUUACUUCUCCUUCUAUAAAGAGAAACAUUAUCUUAUUAUUGUCCAUGUCCACAAAAACAGUUCCUCCAGUUACAGGUUCAUAUUGAAGGCAAAAUGUGAUAGCUCUUUGUCUGAGAAUAUUUAUGUUCCCUCCURUUUAGAAAAGUAGCUCAUGUUAUAUUCCUUGACCUUUCCCUGGUGAAGAACUGCCGAUCUCCUCCUCAGACAGCUACUGAUUACCGUACUGUWACACACUGAACAUGUAGUAUGUUUGCCAAAUCACAUUUUUAAAGUUCACUUGUAAUUUAUCAUGAAGUUUUGAAUCAUCUCAACAUUCAUUCUCAAGUAUAAACUGAAAACUAUGCUUACUGGAAAUAUCCUCUCAGAGGUGAAAUGACACAUGCCAGAUCCCUGACCUAUAAGCAUUUGAUAAAAUUAGGUGCUGYCUAUGAUGCAGUACAGCUUCUGGAACACACACACACAMAAAAGGAAAUACUAAUUGGAAAUUUACCUCUGCCAAGUCCAGAGCAGACUAAAGAAAAUGGCAUGGAUAUAACUUCAAAACACUGAGAACAGUAUUUUGGAAACUAACUUUACAAAGUCUUACUCGGGGAAAGUACCUCUGUCUUCAUUUGGGUCUCUUAAUAAAAGUGAGUUUUCAAAGGGGUUGAGUGUUUGGAGUUCCUGUAUGACUCUGUGUGGAUAUUCACCUUUCUGAAAGCCAAAAAUGAUGACAAGAUCUUUAUCUCUUUUUCAAUCUAAUAUUAACAUUGACUACWGUUGAUUUAGUAAUUUUCACCCAGCUGGACUAGAGAAUUCUGAGAAAACUACUGCAGUACUCARUGGGUGAGCUACUGCUGGCAGCAGCUCUUUCUGAAGCACACAMAGCAGCAAACUGCCUCACACUGUAGCUGAAGAAGCACUAAGGAUCUCUGACCUCUCUGUGCUGGGUGGGGUCUGUGCAUUAUUCCAUGCUUUUGCCCUCAAAUAGUUUGCAGGUUAAGGAAGCAACUUAGGAGGGGUGUGUUUUGCGUGUCUUGUUUCUGCUUUUGACUUCUGUGGAAGCUUUUGGCUUCCAUCGGAUUUCUGACGACACAAGUGCAUGACUGUGGCAUCGCCUGAUGGGCAUGGACUGCAUUGAGGAGCUAUUUCAGUGAACAUGUUUCCUGUCUGCUUUCCCAGAGACAUUCUGCAUCUGAGACAUGUUUUCAUCUAUUUAGCAGCAGAAUCAAGUGAUUGUGUGCUGAGGGCUGUGAAGGAGCAGUUGCCCUAUUUUAGAGCAAGGAGUUCUUUUAAACAAGAGUAGCUUAAUCAUGAAAGGGAUUACGCAUAGCGAUGGGACUGAGAUAGCAGGAAAUUGGAUUUGCUGAUUUAGGACAUAACAGUCUGAUGUGCCUAUGACUAGGAGCAGUAUGGAAAGGCCACUGGAAUGCAAAAUAAUUCCUGUCUAGUUCAUGUCAGAACUGCAUCCAUAUCAAUCCACUUUAUUUUAUAACAGCUUGUUGAUGUGUACAAAGGAAGGAUGCUGCUGCUCUCUUGUUCCAACUUAAGAGGAGUGCAAAACACAGGCAUUUCUCUGACAUGUGUGGGGAAGUUGCUAAUGAUUAAUUGCACACUGAAAUGGGAUCASUCUCCURGACUGACCARUCUAGGGUUUGAGCAC